GAUGAUCUGGUGUCGUUCGCUCACAGUCCGGGAGUCCCUUUAAUGCGCUUCCACCGAACACCCAUGCAUAUCUCGACGUACGGAUUACACCCAUCCCUAUCUCGCCGGCUCGAACCGUCACCCCUCCCUCGCCUUGAUAUCACCACUAUACCAACCUUAUGAUACGCAUGCGCUCCCAUAGCCUACGAGAAUAGCGAGCAUUCAAUAACUUCAAUCCUACAUUUGGAACAUCUUCUCUGUGACAGUCCGGCCCCGAUGACGUAUACCAUCCCCACGAAGAACCCCUGAUGAGCGAGGCAAGGGCAAGUGGGGAGCUCGAGGGCAGUACGCUCGGGAGCAGCUCCCGCGAUGGAGAAAAGGAAGGCCGCGCGCAACGGCGAACACACAAUCCCAGUGGCUUUCUAGUCGAUUCGUCGUUCAUCCCUCGUUCGAAAAGCUUGCGCUUGGGCCAUCACCGCCCGCGUCACUCGGAGCCGGAUCGCAAGGAGAAACGCGGGGCCCCCGAACCAGAACCCGGUACAGAAGCCACGGGGCAGAAGAGACGGUCCCGAUUUCCGUGGAUUCGGCAUAAAGAACAACCAAAGGCAUCACCACCAGCGACACCGCCAAAUGAAUCCGUUCCCGAGCGUGCUGGUCCCGAAAGUGCUGGUCCCUCUCGGAUGCGACAACAUGUGGAGUCGCAGGAAAGUCAAGCGGAGAGAACGGAUCCCCAGGGGACGGUCGGGCUGGAUCGGGACUCGCUGCAGAUUGUCAAUCUGGCGUUGAAUCUGAGCGAGUCCAGGAAGAAGAAUAGUCUAGGCCGGGCUCCUUCAAGUCGUCUCUCCAGUGGCGGAUGGACCGCACCCAAUGCGCCGUCUUCUUUAUCCUAUGCAGAUACCCAACCGCCAGUUGCGGGGCCCUCCACCCGGCACCGUCGCACUUCUACUCAACUAGCCACUGAUGAUAGGGCCAUACCUAUCAAUACUUCUACCUCAACGGCACCGAAUGAGCAACCAUCCGUGCAGAGUUUCUUACCCCAGUCGGUCGGCCCUGAUCCGUUACCGCAGGGAUUUUCCCGGAGCACCCUGGCUCGUGCUGAAAAGGCUCGAAAUUACUUCGAAUUGCUCUCUGAAUAUCUACGUCUGCUGCACUCCCUUCCUCCUCUCCGCCCACCUGGGGCUGGUGGGUCAUCGUCCGGAUCUCCCCCCGUCACGACGGGUGAAGGUCGUGCCUAUAAUCCUCUCCAGGUCAUUCGCAAUCGCAAGGUUAGGUUUCGUGAGCGUUGCCCGCUUGUUCCGGAAUCUCAAGGGUGGAAUGAUGUCGAGAAGGUCCAUGAAUGGGUAAAUUUGGUCGAGUCCUGCCAUAGCCGGCAGAGCCGUGGCUCGUUUGAACGCCUACGGCUGCCCCCUUUCGAAAAUAAUUCAAAACCGACGGCGCACCAUGAGGAUGUCGAAGAACCCGAUUUUAUACCAACUUCUCCUCCCUCCAGUUUACGACGGGUCAGUCGUACGAGUAGCGUCAAAGCACGCAGGCCGAGGCUGGACUGGCUGGUUUCGCCUGCUGAAUCUCUGGCUGACGCCGCCUGGGUUGAAAGUGACCUAAACAAGACCAAAAUCAUUGAUAAGGAUGGAAACCAUCUGUAUCAGGACCCCGCCUCUAUUGUCACUAGCGAUGAUGAAAUGGAUGUCGACGCUGCUCAAACACGGCCGCCAAACAAUCGACUAUCCGUGGAUGCCGACCAGCUAACCUCGCGCACCUCUUGGUCAAGUACUUCUUCCAUCCUGCCAGCAGAUUUCAAGAGGACAGACCGUGGGAGACGUCGUCACAGAGCUCCUAUGUCGCCUCAAUUCCCGCAAAGCAACCCUGCCCUGCCAGACCGCGUUGGAUCGAAGAGAGACAAGCUCAAGAUGCGGUCAAUCAGCCCUUUGAGUACACCAAGCACCUCCGACGACGACGACUACUACAACUCUCGUUUGAACUACACGAAAUCUUACAAGCAGUUACAGAGAUCAAAUGUUCCCCCUGGAAGAGGAAGUGCCGACGACGUGAAGCGCAUGCCCACGGUGCAACCCACGAAGCCCACAAGAAAUUCUUGGUCUGAACGAAGGGCCUCGGUAUCCUCCGGGCGCAGUUUCGGUGAUCGAUAUGAUCCCCUGACAUCUCUCGCGGCUCUGGACAGCAUCAGAUCUGCCAAUACUGCUUAUCCGGAGCAUUUCCCGAGUAUUGCUUCUCCCUUAUCAUCCGCUUCGAGCCGCUCCGCUUCGCCUGCAAAACGACAGUCGCGCGCCGUUGGCUCUCGUAGCAGAAGCAGCAUCAGGUUCAAAGAGCCUCCCAACCGUCACUCUGUGGAAUCUCUGGCUCUUCAAAAAGACAGUCUGGAAGCCCCCCCGCGCUCACCCAAACUGGGGCCGGGCCCUCCGCCAGAUCGAGCUUCUCCAGCUCAACAGGACGACCCCAGUAGGCCAAGCCUACAUACUCGAAAAGGAUCAACUCAAGAAUCGAAAUUACGUGGGAUCUUCAAAGGUCCUGGGAAGAUCGCAGGAAAGGUGGGGAAUGAGGUGUCGAAAAUGGGCGACCUUAUUAUGAAGAAAGACCACCAACCGCACUCGAGAAAGUCGUCCGCAAAUAGCGUCACGACGGACGAGAAUGCUUCUGAGACGGAGGAUCCGAAAGGUGAAAAGACCUCUAGCCGCAUGGCUUUGCUCCGCCGUCUACCCACGUUCGCCGAUGAGCCCACUCGUCCUCGCAAAGAUCCCGACAAGUCCUUAAAGACCAGUGCGGCGAAUCCAUCCUCGCCCGUUUUAACAUCACCGCCUGAAGACCUGGCAGUGGAGCUGAAGGCGUCUGGGCUCGGUGGCCCUCGCAGACAUGCUACCGACACACAACUCUACGGCAUCGGAGAGUCGCAGGGUAAAAGCGAGCGCUUUCCGGCAUCCCAAAAGGCAUCCGAAGCGCCUGCACGAUUUUCAAAGCCAGAGAAGGCCAUGACCUUUGGGCCCGAGCUACACAGCAUCCAAAAGCAGAUUAAGAAACGUCGCCAUCAGGAUCCUACUGGUUCUUUUAUCAUGCAUCGCCCUCCUGUCACCGGGCUGGCACAAGCCCAAGCCUCGAGUGCGUCCUCACCUCGGAGACCGCUCACCCCGUUAUCCGGACAGUCACGAAGCUGGAGCAUCUCUCGUCGUAGCGUCAGCUCUUCACUCAGCUCUGGGGUGCCAAAUAAACGCGAGGUUGAACGCACCCGGGCCCUCCUCCUUUCCUCGGGGGUUAAAGCUCGAGAGAUCACCCGUCGCGCCGAAAGCGUCCGCACCCCAACGCCUGAAUUCCUUCUUCGCGCAUACGGCACUGACGCUCCCAUCCCGGCCGUCGCGCGACUACACGAGCAUGAUCUAGCCGCUCGGCGACUGCUCGAAGAAUUCGAGAAAUCGCACCGUCGCUUCCAAACCUCGCUAGAUCACUUCACGCGCGACACGUCAGCGCCUCUGCGCUCGCAGCUCAGCAACUUGGAAGACACAGUUGACCAGUCGAUCAACCCGCGCGUCCGUACCACGACGCAAGAAGCCGAAGCAUUGAGCAUCCAGCUCAAUACGACGAGCACACUCGCUGUGAAACAGCUCAGCGAUGCACUCGACCGGGGAGUCCGCAAGCGUCACCGCCGGCUCCGCUGGCUGAGACGAGCUGGUUUUGUAAUGCUCGAAUGGGCGCUGGUCGGGAUGCUCUGGUGGGUGUGGCUGAUUGUCAUGGCGUUUAAGCUCCUCCGGGGUGUGCUCCGGGGCACGAUCUCCGGUGUCCGAUGGGUUUUGUGGUUGUAAUGGGGGUGUCUUUGGAUUGCAUUCGCUUUCAGCCACUGUAUGAUACCCUUUUUCUUUUCUUUAUGUUUUUUUCUUCGGAUGUUUGUUCUUUCCAGCUGUGGCUGGUUGGCCUUGUCAUCUUCAUUUUUUGUAUUAUAAUCAUGGUCUUUACUUGUGGCCACUUUCCAUACGAUUUUAAUUAUGAAUGUCCACCUAUG